AUGGGAGACCUGGAGUGUGGCUUUGAGGAAAUGCAAGGAGUGAGAUUGGGAUACCUGCUCAUCAAAGGCAAGCAAAUGUUUGCUUUGUCUCAGGUCUUUACCGACCUGCUGAAGAACAUCCCUCGGACCACCGUGCACAAGCGCAUGGACCACCUGAAUGUGAAGAAGCACCACUGCGACCUAGAGGAGCUGCGGAAGCUCAAAGCAAUAAACUCUAUAGCUUUCCACGCCGCUAAAUGCACUCUCAUAUCGCGGGAGGACGUGGAGGCUCUGUAUUUCUCCUGCAAGACUGAGCGAGUGUUGAGGUCCAACAAAAGGAAAGCGAAAGCGGUGUGUUCCCCCGGGGAUGGGGACGCUUCCUCGGGGAUCCUCCACGCGGACGCCGAGCUAUGGAAGGAAAAAGUUUGGUUUAGUUUGCACGCUGUCCCGGAGACUCUCACACUUCACAACAAAACGGGCAAGAGGAGAGAGCUGACUCCUUGCCUUACCGACUCCAAACUACCUCAAUUUUACCACAAAUCCAGUGGGCGAGAUAACCGCUCGGCGACAAAGUCCAGUCACAAACACUUUAAAAACUAUGAAACAGCUAAAAUAACAGGGAACCGCGUUACUUUGAGCCAAAGGCACACGUUUUUCCGAAGCUCGGUGAGCCGGCAGCCGGUGGUGCUUCAGUCCGCCAUAGCAGCUCAGUCCAAGCUCUCGCGCUCAGCCGGCGACCUACUUCACAAAAGGAAGAGGAGGCGCGAGGGGGGCGGCGGCAGGGACAGUGCAAGGCACUCAUGGAGCAGGAGCAGACACGCGCAUCACCAAGUACCGCCGGUGCUGCUCGUGCAACCCAAAUCGUCCGGGACUUCAUUCGGUGCUUUCCACCUCAGUCCGGAUUUCUACCUUGACCCGAGACCUCACCAUCACCACCACCACCAGCAUCACCAUCAUCAUCAUCAUCACCACCACGAGCCGAGUUUCCCGGAGAGCUACAGCAGCGACACCGAGUCCAGCACCUACUCGGACCGCGCGUACCACGAUUCGGAUUUCGGCUCCGGCUUCUCCACCACCAGCAACUCCGGGAGCUCAGAGGAAGAAGAGGAAGAGGAAGAAGGCGAGGAUGAAGAUGACACGCAGUCGGAGAGUUCAGAGGUCAGCACAGAAGAGGAGGAGAGCUCCUCUCAGUCCGACUCCAGCUCAGUUUCCAGCCGUGUUUCGGUUCAGAGCAUCCGGUUCAGGCGGGCCCGGGUCGGUUCUCUUGCCAAAACUCUCAACCCCACUAAAGCACCUUUGGUCCUGCAGCCCACGUUUCACUACAACAACCAUCAGCAGCAGCAGCAAGAGAAACAACACAGGAUACAGAAUCAUGCUGCCACUUCACAAACAGGGGACAGCAGACAUGAGAAACGCCAGAAAUGUGAAUUUAUAUGCAGUGGAACUAGAAAAAUCUCUGGAUCCUUACAGACACCGACAUUUUUCACUGAGUCCAAACGGGAAAAGGCAUCUGAGGCGGACCCUGUGGAUGAACUGACCACCUUAUCACCGGGACCCAACCGGAAUAAGGCCUUUCACCCCUCACGCAGGACACCGGGGCAUCCCACUAAAUGUCCCCCGGGACUGAGCGCACAGUGUGACCAGGACAAAGACGCCAAGCUCUCUAAAUGUACCGACAAAAGGGAGGUGAGGGCCGCCAGCCUACUAAAACUGCCCACUCCACUGAAAAAAAUAAAGACCGAGGCAGAGGAGCUCUUUGUGACCGCCGCCCCCUGCUCGGACAGCGGCAGGGCAGCCAGGACACCACCCUUCAACCUCCACAGUGUGAAAGUUAAAGUGGAGGAAAGCUGUGAUGAAUAUGAAUACAAGAGCCAGGCCACUGUAGUCAAAUGUAAAGGUGAUAAAGCAGAGAGCAGCAUUGGUCAAUAUCCCAGCGGAGUCAUCAAACAGGACUUUUUCAACAGUAGUGUUAAAGCCACCGAGAGGGGCUCUGAUGUGGCCCCCAGGUCCCCCUGUGAUCCUCAGGAAUUCCAGAGCACCCAGGACAGCCCGUGUACUACUAUCGAGGAAGAGAGCAGGAACAAAAGCUGCAGGGCUCCAGUGCUGGGGAAGAAACCCAGAGUUUCCAAGACGCAAACAAAACAAAUUGUGCCCAGGGUCAACAAGGCUGCCUCUUCCUCUUCUUCCUCCACUCCUUCUCGUCCCGCGGGCAGCGAGGAGGGAUCCCCGGAGGAUUUACCGAGCAGACGCAAACGCAGCAACGCGAGCACCUCAGCGUCGCCUGCAAAAAUGUCUUUCAGCCUGAUGGCAAGUUUCCCAUUCCCGCCGUCGCUGGUUGUUGGCAGCGACGGAGAUCUGUGCCCUGCUUACUCCCUGAACUCGCUGAGGGGCCCCGGGCCUCCCCCUCCGUCCCACCCCGUGUGGAGGUGGCAGCCGGGCGGCCAGAUUCUCCCUCCCCCACACGCUCAGAGAACUAGGAAAUACUAA